AUGGAGCUGCUGGUGGCCCACGAGGCGCAGAGCAAUAAUUCAGAACUAAAUCCAGAUUCAUUUACUGCAUUCAGCUUGAGCUCAGUGGAGCAGCUAACAGAGGACACCUACCAGUACAGAUUUGAAUUACCAGGAAAUAGCAGCCUGCAAUUGAGUUUAGGACAACAUAUCGUAUUAAGAGGAGUGGUGAACGGUUUGGAAGUCCAGAGAGCCUAUACUCCAAUUAGCCCGGGGAAUGCAGAAGGCUACUUUGACGUCUUAAUAAAAUGCUAUGAAGCUGGGCUAAUGUCACAAUACAUAAAAACCUGGAAAAAAGGAGACAUGAUCUUUUGGCGUGGGCCAUUUGGAGGGUUCCCAUACCAACCUAAUAAGUAUGGAGAACUGCUGCUGCUGGCUUCUGGGACCGGCCUCGCACCAAUGCUUCCCAUCCUCCAGUCCAUAACAGAAAAUGAAGAGGAUGAGACCUUUGUUACUCUUGUUUGCUGCUUCCGUUCGUUUGGAAACAUUUACCUGAAACCUCUUCUCCAGGAGCUGGCUCGGUACUGGAACAUCAGGAUAUUUUAUGUCCUAAGCCAGGAAAGUUCACUGGAAAAACUUCCUUGGAGCUACCAGGAAAACACGUACACUGGUCGGUUAAAUGAAGACUUGAUGAGGACAAUAAUAAAUUCCUGUCGAAGAAAGCCAUUUGUAUUAAUAUGUGGCUCCUCUGCCUUCAAUGAAGAUAUGAGCAGAUAUUUGAAAUCAGCGGGACUUGAAGAAAAUUCGUGUUUUAUCUUUUAG